UAAAACAAAAGUAGUAAAAUCUAACAUUACACGUCAUAUUGCUCCACGGGACACCACAAUUUCUGUAAAUUCAUAUAUAAUCUCUUAACUAAAUUCGUUGUAUUUUAAUAUAAACAGUAAAGAAUGGAUGACAGGAAAGAAUUGGAGGAAAAGCUUCGGGAGGCAGCCAGCAUUGGAGAUCAAAAUACGCUGGAAAAAAUGCUCAAACUCGGUGUAAACGUGAACGCAAAACACCGCAUAAACGGAUGGACAGCGUUACACUGGGCCAGCAAACGAGGGCAUCCAACUAUUGUGAGAUUCCUUUUGGAAAAUGGAGCAGACCUAACAUUGACCAACGGCAAAGGGGAAACUGCUGCUCAACUCACAGACAAAGAAGAUAUCCACUCAAUACUUGGAGGCAAACCAGAAGUUCUAGCAAACGCUUCUCCGUUACCAAUCACGCCUAACUACAUACAGAACCCGCCUUUUCCUUACUUAUCCACGACAAAUGGAACUGUCCCAAGCCCUGCAAGUCACGUCAGCAACAAGCAACCAAUCACAGACAGGGUUACAAACUUACCCCAGUUUAAUCACUCAGAAGAGCUGGUCCUCAAGGUACGAGUAGCCAAUUCAUCAGAGACAGAUUUUAUCGAGAUAGAGCUUGACCGCAACGAGCGAACCUUGGCCAACCUUGUCCUCACAUGCUGUCGAGAGCUGAACUGUGAACCGCAAUCCAUUAUCAAGCUCCGCAAACUUCCAAACACCAUCAUCCGUAAAGACAAAGACGUGUGGAGACUAACAGAUUUCCAAGAGUUGGAGUUGGUGCUACAGAAGUUCACGGGAAAUACGCGGAUUCAAGAUGCCUUCCAAACACUGAUAUACUGAUACUAGAUUGUGCUAUUUAAGAUCAAAUUAUUGUCUCUGAUCAAAUUAUUGUCCCCGGGUUUGUAGACAUGUUGCCUUGAAUCGAUCGAGUUGGUCCAUGAAAAGCGUUUGAAACCGUUUGUUUUGAAAUCGUUAUAAUUAGAAAGAUGUUUU